AUGAUUCCUACUCCAGAUCUCUCGCAUUUGACAAAGGAUGAUUUUAUACGCGUAUACGAACCAGCAGGUCUGUACCAACACGGAAACAUUAAUUCGGAACUCGAUAUUUAUAUGCUUUCAGAGGAUACCUUCUUACUCCUCGAUGCCCUGGAGGAUGAUGCAGAUCAUUUAAGGUCAUUAAAGCCCAGUGUUUGCGUCGAGAUCGGAUCUGGCUCAGGAUGCGUUUCGGCCUUUCUUGGACGCAUUCUUGGAAAUGAACCAUGCUUGCUUAUUACGACUGAUAUCAACCCUCGAGCUGCUCACUGCACAGAGGCAACUGGAAGAAAAAAUAAUAUGCAGUUGCAAUUUGGUCAGGCCACUCAAACCCAGACUAUCCGGUCAGAUAGACGUUCUAAUAUUCAACCACCAUAUGUACCAACCGAGGAAGAAGAGGCCAUCAUGGCUCAGUCUCAAGCUGACAUCGCGGGGGCGUGGGCAGGUGGAUUUGAUGGUAUGGCGGUGACGAAUAGGUUACUUGAUGAGUUGACUCCAUACUCUCACCGAAAGGGUGCUUCUAUCUCGUUGCUCUUAAACAAACGAUCCCCAGGGAAUAAUAGCUCGGAUGAGAGAGCAGUGCAACUUGGAGGGAAAGGCGAGCUUUGCGCUAAAAUCCUUGAAUGA